AUGUUUGAAACGCAACCUUUUGAUGCUCUCGGAACAGAAACCCCCGAUGCAGUAGAGCAUAAGAAAAUAACAGAUCUAGCAAGAGGAGACGCGCAAACCGCGACCCGUUUAUUUGAGACGUGGCCUCCGGACCGUACGAAUAAAAUUUACCAAGAGGAUGAUGAAGAGGAGCAGGUGGUGUACACAAAAGACACUGCAGGAGGAGAUGUAAAAACUGCCAGAUACUUGUUUGAAACUCAGCAUCUCGAUUCCCUUGACCGCACCGAGGCGGUUGAUGAAUCACACUUCCUACAGUCAGAACUGGAAGAGAUUAAAGGUGAAGUCAAAACUACAACAAAAAUGUUUGAGACGCAACCUUUGUGCCUCAUUUGGGGAGAUUCUGGUGAGACGUCGGAGAUUACGACUGCGCGACGUGAAGAAACCGAAAAAGGUGACGUAAAAACGUCCCGCCGGAUUUUUGAAACCCGGCCGCCGGACACGAUCGACAAAGACCUGACUAAAGUUAAGAUCGUUCGCGGAGCGUCCGUGGAAGAAAACUAUCAGGGUGGGGUGAAUCGAGGCAGGUGGCUUUUUGAGAAAGAUCAAAUCAAAGAUGAAGAAUUGGAAAACGCCAAAACUCAAAAAGAGGAGAUAACAGGAGCAGACGUCGAGAGAUGCCGCACGGUCUUUGAGACACAGCCCACAGAUACUUUCAAAGACAACACCGACGCCGGGCCAUCUGAACCGGAAGAGAUCGUUGGGGGUGAUGCCAGGCAUUUGUUUGAGACAGUGCCAAUGGAAAAUCUGAAGGAGUCGCCUGAAGUUGGGAAACUACAAAAGGCCGUUGCAUUGGAAGAGGAGAAAGGUGACGCGAGGCAUCAGAGGUGGUUAUUUGAGAGUAAGCCUCUUGAGCAAAUUAGGGAGGACAAAAAGAAAAUCACACGAACGGUUAAGCUUCAGGAGAUAGACGGGGGCGAUGUCAUCGACCGCAAGGAGAUAUUUGAGACCGUGGAUCCAAGUAAGCGCACAGACACACGUAAGAUAGCGGUGGAAGGCGUCACGAACGGAUGGGUGAAAUCAAACAAAGUACUCUUUGAAUCCACACCUCUGUAUGCUGUACAGGACAGCUCAGGACAUUACCGCGAAGUCAAAACGGUACGAUGUGAAGAAAUCAUCGAGGGCGACGUACGAAGCGGACAUUCGAGACUCGGCCAGUUUGACGACGGCAUAAACAAAUUCCAAAUCGUCAAGGGGAUUUCAAAACAGGAGAUUCAAUCAGGGGAUGUCAAAACGGUAUUCGAAACUCGGCUUCUUGACGGGAUCAAAUAUUUCAGCAACGUGGAAGAAGAGGAGAACAGAACGAACAAGGCCACAGAGAUCCAAAAGGGUGACGUCAAAACUCGCAGGUGGUCGUUUGAGACUCAGCCGACGGAUGAGCCGUGUGAGAAAGCUGAGGUAAAAACAGAGGACGACGCAGAGAUCCGUAAAGGUGACGUUAAAACCCGUACCUGGCUUUUUGAGACCCCUGACAGUAUCGAAGAUGAAUCCGAAACCAUUUUAAAAACUCGUACACUCAGCCAAGAGGACGUUCGAGGCAAGGACGUACGUCUGGCCCGCUUUCUCUUCGAAACCGAAAACCUGGAGAAUAUUCAAGGAGGUGAGGAUCAGAGUAACUUUAAACGAGUCACACAGAUCGAUAUCCAGUCUGGAGAUACAUCAAGAACGAAGUAUAUAUUUGAGACCCGGGCACCUGAAAUACGCAAACCGGAACAGCUCGUUCAGAGGGACGUCUACAGAACGUACGGCUCCGCAUGA